AUGGCUGAAGCAAGCGAAUCACAAGAUACUGGCCUGGGAAAAGAGUGUUGCACUACCUUAGAUUCAUUGUUAAGGGAGAUUGACCAGGAAAUACCUGCUGUUGCUAACAGACAGCUCCCCUUACAGGAGAUUGGCGACGAUACAAUGGAGCAAAUUGUCACUUACAAUACUAUGAAUAACGCUAAGUCGAUAGUUACUGACGUAGAAGAUGCUGAUGACACUCAACCUCUUGCGCAGCCUCAGUCGCACAAGUCAGUCAUGUUCAGUGAUGAAUUCGAGCUUCACGAGUAUCCACCGGGAGAAGAGGAAGGCAUAGAUCAAAUCCAACAGCGUGAUAGCUCUGCGCUUUCCUGGAGUACAGCAUCCCUUCCCAGCGGGGUGGCUCGAAAGGAGAAAGCUGCUCUUCUCUUGACUACCGGGUCAGACAGUGAGCCUGAGAGUGACUCGCUGGAGUUAAGUGAUACUGAGCUUAAAAGUAAUUCCGUCACGAAAUUGCAUGAGAAACUUGAACAUGUAUUGGGAAAACCAGAAAACUCUGCUAAUGUACCUCGGCUGAAGCAAAUGGUUGAUAGCAUCGAUGAAAUGGUGGUCUCACGCGAACCAGAAGAAAUCAAGCCCCUCAGCAUAACUAUUCAAUCUACAUUACCCCUAAAUUCUCUCGAGGAAAAAUCCAGUUUGCUUGAAUAUAGCGUUGAGGCCGAAAUGCAUGAAGAUGAAAUGCCAGAAAGAAUACGGCACUCCCCAUCAAAGAUCCCUACUACAAAUACCAUUUCCAUUAACAGAUUCAACAAAUCGGAAGAAUACCCGGCAUCAAGUAGAUUAUCAUCCGGCUCGUCAAUGGACGAUAGCGUGACGGCGUUGGAGACUAAAACUAUGCAAGACAAAUUUAAUCUACUUACGAAUAAAUCAUUAGCCGCACACGCCGUUCCAAAGAUGGAGGAUUGCCAAGUUUCGAAUAGAAGCUUAUCUAUGCUCCACGAGAACAAUUCGAGAGUCUUCAGUGUAACUACCACCAACGAUGAAUAUCAAUCCGCCAAGGAAUUUGAUACAGCUGAGGCGUCAAUAGAUGAUGUUGAAAACGAGAAUUACAUUGAGGAGUUGGGCAUAUCUACUGGGCCGACCAAAGACGAGGAAACAAUCACGGAUCUGCAUGGACUGAUUCAGGAAAAUGCUGGAAGCGUGCCUUACACAUCUGAGAACUAUUCAGCUUCGGGUUCCGACGUUAACAUUUUUCAAUCACUAGACUUGCCAAAACUUCCACCUCUGGAUGCAUCAUUUGUUGACUAUGCUCUGCGAAAGUCGAGUUCAUCUGGAACAGUGAAGGUUAAUACCUUAAGUUUGCAAAGAAAUACGUCAAUCACAAACUCAAUCAAUAGUGACAUAAUUAUCGACAGAAAUCCCGACCAAGAAUCUGAAAACGAAUCCUCAAUACCAAAACUUGGCACUACAGAUGAAGAAAAUAUAACAACAAAAGUGACAGCAACAGAAUCUUCUGAAGAGAGUGAAAUUGAAAAGUCUUCUGAGUUCAGUGAUGGUCAUAGCCAAAAUCAGGGAAAUCAUUACAUUGAAACUGAUUUAAAUGAAGAAUGCGAAGCAGGAAAUGGCGAGAAGAAAAGUUUCGACAAUGGAAGCGAAGAAUUAGAAGUCAAAGAAGGUUCAUCAUUUGAAGAAGAAUCACAUGAUAACAAUUCUGAAAAUGGUCUGAGAGCUGAUACGCAAUGCGCUCAUGAAGUCGACAGUUCUACACCAAAUCUUCCUUCUAUAGGAAAGUUUUCCUCAUUAUUUAACGAAGACUAUCCUUUUGAUGGUGCGGAAGAUACUUCGAACGAUUCUAUUGACAUCACCAAAUCCCUGAAGACAUCUGAUUAUCUAUCGAUCUGGCAUACGCAAGAAAACAGUAUCAAGACAUCCCCUGCAUUAAGUUCAAAUUCUCAGUUUUCCCGCCACUCCUCAGCAACAGUGAGCUCUUCGAUUUCGACAUCUUCAAAGUUCAAACUCAAGCCAAGAGUAAUCAGCAGAAGCAAAGUUUAUUACCCACAAGAAAAUGCCUCUAGUAAGAUUGAAGAAGAAGAUUAUAUGCUUCCCCAAGUAGCAAAAAAUAGUGUACUAGACCCAUUGAGGAGAAACACCUUACUUUCCAAAAAAAUUCAGCUGAGAAUCAAAGAACAACAGAAACUAUCACCACGCUACGGCCCAUCAGUCGUUAGGCUUGUUACUGAAAAGGGAGACACGAACGACAAGGUGAUCACCGAAGAUGAAGACCAGACCACGGUAACAUAUGGGCAGGAAGACCCUCAUGAAAUCGCAAAGAUAGGCAAUAAAUUUGAAUCUCAACUAAUAAAUAGUCCUGAAAGGAGUUUACUAGUGACCGAAAAUCACAUCGAGGAGCCCACUGACGAAUUCGAGGAUGUAAUAGGUGCUUUAACUCUUGAUGCCUCUUUCAACGAAGAACAGCCAGAUACUAAUGACAUUAGCUCUGUAGUCUACCAUAUUUGGGAUCAAAAUGCCUAUCAAAACGGUCUGGAUAUCAAACUAAGAGAUGGAGCAGCAAAUGAAACAAAGAAAGCUAAGAUGCGCGAUGACAUCCUUAAUAAGUUAUUGGAAGAGGAACAACAUAAGGAAGCUCUAGAUGAAGAAAAAGUCUCUUCGGGACUUGGAAUAGUCAAAAAUACUGAAAGUCAAAUUGCAAUUUGUCGAACCAGUGAUUACGAUGGAGUCGAUGUUAUCCGCUCGGACUCUUUAGAUUCAUCUGCGAGGAAGUCUAUAUCCUUACCAUCAGAGGCGACACCUCGGACUCCUUCUCCAGUGAAGUUAUCUCAUAUCGAGAGCCCUUUCAAGGUCACUAGAGCACGAAAAUUGGAAGAAUCUAAGCCCGAGGAGAAUGAGAAGAACAAAUCCACGUGCAAACUUGAAACCGCGGACUUUAGUGAAAAUUCGUCAAUCAGUGAAGCUCGGGAAAAUGCUAAUUCGAAUUUGCUAACAACUUUGGGCAACGAUGAAACUUCGUCCCUGCAAGAUAAUGGAAAACUUUACUUGGUUAUAAAUGGCAUUGAAAGCCUAGGAAUUAAUGACAUUAGGCGUCACAAUGCCAGGUUUGCAAUAGAAUUCGAUAAUGGAACCAAUAUUGUACAAACCCCCUGGGAACGAUUUUCUGAAAGAUCGAUAACUUUGGAUAAAGAGUUUGAAGUAUUUUUGAAUCAAAAAGGAGCACCAUCUACCGAUAAGAUUGUUAUCACGUUUAAAUGCAAAUACACAAAGCCUCAAGCCGAAUUGGUAGAAGUGGUUGAACGCAUUCCUUUGAAGAAGAAGCUACCCUUUGGUAGAACAAAAUAUAGGACUGAAAAAAGAUUUGUAGAGAAGCCAGUAUCUUUCGACGAUUGGGACUACAUGUUCGCACAGGAUGGCUCAUUUGCCCGCUGCACCAUAACACUUGACAAUAUGUUAUUAUCUAAGGCACGGUAUCAACAAAGACUGCUUCACUUCAACCUUAUUAAUGAGUGGGCAAGGGUAUUCGACAAAAAGAAUGAUGUCAGGGAUAAGUACAAAUUACCUCGCAAACCUGCAUAUAAUGUUGGACAGUUGAAUGUCAGAAUGUGUUACCUACCACGCACAUCGAACUUAGAAAAAUUCCCUAAAACUUUGAAACUGGCUGAGCAGAUUGUUAACAAAUAUUCUGAACAACAAAAUAUUAAGUGUGAAGGUUUCUUGUGGCAGGAAGGUGGAGAUGUUGAUGGCAUGCUGCAAAGACGUUACUUCAUUUUGCAUGGAAACCAGUUGAUAUCUCAUCAUGAAAUUACAAAAAAACCAAAGGCGCUAAUCAAUCUAUUGAAUGUCGUAAGCGUAUUAGGCGAGGGAAACAUCUCAAAAGAAGUCACCACCCAAGUAAGAAACUUUACUGACAUGGUACUUUUUAGCGAUUACUUCAAAUUGAUCUUUGAAAAUGGAGAAGUUAUUAGCCUAAAUGCCGAAACCGUGGAAUCGAGGAUUGAAUGGGUUACUCUUCUUUCACGCGUAGUGGAGCUAAACAAAUUCCACCAACCAUGGGUUAAGCAAUUACUUGCAUACCGUUCACCAGACACUAACGUAUAA